CAAUGGAUGAGUGGAGGCAUGGCUAGGCUCCUUUCUAUAUAAGUGACUGCUGGUCAGCUUUGCUUUAGUCAGCUGAGUAAAGAAGUAUUGAAUAGGAGUCUCGUAUAGGGGUGGGGAAGCUUAAUUCAUACAGCUUUCUUACAAUUAAUGCAAACAUUUUUGUAACUUGAAGCAAACGUUUGCUAGAAACCUUAGUUUAAGUGAAAUCCGAAGUAACUUCUGUAACAUAAGAGAUCGACCUCCCUUUACCCUAUAAGAGAAGGUAAGUGACUUUUCUAUAAUAACUGAAAGCACAAGUUUUUGCGUGUUUCUUAUUAACACCUGCUCACUGUCUGAGAGAUUUUGAUUUUAUUCCAUGUGACUUCUACAGCUUUCAGGUUCUGUUAAGCCUAUUUAUAUAGUUAAUGAACCAGUAUCAAUACAUACAUGAUUAGGGUUUGGAUAAAUCUCUCUGGGGAGGAAUAUUUGCUGGGUUGCAUUAACCCUUUGAGUGUUAGAAGUGACCUAACGUAUUGCACAUCUGACAGCCAAAACGAGUUGGAACGUUAAGGUUCCGUGUAGUUCUGGCCCCUUGCUAUCCUACAUUGCGCCUUUCGUGGAAUGUUUUUAGUUCAAGUAUCACUGUAAUGGUCAGCUCUGAUCACUAAGCUUACAUUGUAACGGGUGUUAGUUAACUGCUUCUGCUUGCAACUGUUACCGUAUCCGGGGCUCCAUUUGAGCUGGGCCUAUUCUACAGACAUGUCCAGGCUUGUCCUCUAAGAAUAGAGGGAGGAGCUUCGGCAGUGACGGCCUGACUUGACAUUCGGGGAUGAACAUCCAUAGUGUUCUCUCAUUGGCUGAGGAGAAAGGAAGGUCGAGCGCUGCCCAUAGUGGGCGUGGCCUAACAAUCUGUCAUGGCCGUUUACUGUCCCUCUGUCACAUUAGUAGGGUACAGCAACGCAUGGAAUAGUUGAAAGGGGGCGGAGGAAGCACUGUUACCAGCCUCUGUUUAAUGUGAGCGCUCAGGCACUCUCCAUCUAUUUUGGGGGAUAUUGCCGUGUUCCAUUUCUGUCAGUCUCAUUCAAAGCAGGAAUCUUUGAUGGCAUGCUCCAUAAAACUAUUGUUUAAUGUCACUAGAGCAAAUAACAUUAGGUUAAGACUGUCCCUUGUAUGAUUCACUGGGACCAACGUAAGCCUAAUUAAGUAAUCAGUGACCCUUAACUCUUUCUUUACUAGGGUUAGGUAAUAGUUUGUGUGGCAAACCUAGCCACUUGGGACUGCCUAAGAUAGAAUGGUUGUGCCUAUUUUCUGUUGUGUACUGCGCGCCGGUAUAGUGUGGCGUCUCCGGCUAUGUUUAAUUUAUGCUGUACUGUGUAUGUCUGUUCGAAUCCUCCCCAUUCGUUAGCAUUGCUAUUAAAACUGACUAAGUUGUAUAUUUUGAAGUAGAAAGGUAACGGUUUAUGUCCUCGUAGUUUUCAUUACUGUAUGUUACAGCAGGGGCUGUUGGGAGGAGGACCUGGAAACGGUAGUCUCCCUCCAGUCCCCUCAACCAAAACCCCUGCUGCCCAUCUUUGGAAACCCCUGUUGAGUGACCUGCUUUAAAUAUCAGUUAUUUUUAAUAAAGUGACAGUUGAGUGACCUGCUUUAAAUAUCAGUCUUUUUGAAUAAAGUGGCAGUUGACGCUCAGACUGUGUUUCGUCUGGUUCUUGGGAGGAUUUGGAAAUAUUGCCUGCUUACAGCUUUGUACUUGGUUAUUGCAUUCUACCAGCAGAGAUCCUGGGAUUAUAAAAUUGCAGCUCCGCAACAGUUUGGAAAAUGGAUUUUACCAGUUCUGUUACAGGCUGGGAUAUAUAUAUAUAUAUAUUAUUGUUAUUGUAACGGUCUGGCCCCAGGUCGUCGGCUCGGGGAAGAUCCAUCAGGGCUCCUCUGAUGUCGUGGAUGUCCCAGAGCAGAUACUCUGCCAGACUCCCAAAGUCACCAGCCUUCCACAACAAGCCUGGGCCACUAUAGUUCUCACCCUCUGGUACGCUGUCCUCAGCCAUCCACUGGUUGUACCGGGUUGCGUUUACUUUAGCGCCCAGUAAGCCUCGUCCAGCCUCUGCUCCUUCCAGACUAGGUCCUCAAGCUCCGUCACCCACCCCUCCAGGGGCUGCUCUCGCAGGAGAGGCAACUGCAUGGUCAUUUGUACCUGGAGCUACUGCUCCUCGCUUGGAAGGCUUUCUCUCCGCCGAAGCUGCAGGGCCUUGAACCAGAGCUCCUUCUGUCUGGCAUCUCUGUAGUCCAGCAUGCCCUCCGCUGAUACAGGCCCAUCCGGUUGGGCCAAGUUGUGCUGUAGCCUCCAAAGAAACUCCUCAUAUGGUGACGCUCCAUCCUCCCAAGUUCCUCUGCAGACAGAGGGAUAGCGCUAGCACUGGUGCAGCGUCCCUAUUUGUAAUAAUCCAAACUCUGUCUCCAGGAUGCUUCCCACUUGCUAGGAAGCCAUCCCACCACUGCCACCAGAUGUGGCAGAUCGCCUGGCACCCCGACUGGGUACCUCCGCCAAUCACGCUUCCGAAUGCUCACGGAGUACCAUAAGCACUGUAGCCCCCUAGCCACCGCAGCUUGGCUGGGAGUCAUCUGUUUAUUAGAGGCCACACACAGCCUUUUAUGCAAACCCCAUGCAAGGGGUUUCCUACACAAAAUAACAGGGUAAUCCCUCCCCUGUACCUGAGAGAUAAUUGAGUCAGGAACUGUACAAACUCCAUUAUCUCCAGGCACAGAAAACACAUUUUACAAACACCCUAAAAUAUAUAAAAAACCCACAAAAGUCACAUCCCCUGAUAGCCCCAAUCUGGUUGACCAAUAUACCCAAAAUUCACCCAGAUCGGUUUGGGUUUUCCAUGGAAGUCAAAAUUUGACCAACCGCACACAAUCGAUCAAGUUCGGUAGUUUAAAAACGAACAAACUACCGAACGUAGUCAAUAGUCAUACCGUGGAGCUUGUUCACCUUGUUCGUGGGAACGAUUCCCCGAACAGUACCCUUCUAAGUUGUUUAGAACCGAAUGCAAGCGAUGAUGUAAGUCGAGAGGUGUUCGGGAGUUUCAGUGUCCGAUUUUAGUUCCAUGAAUUCGAUGACCAAACACCGCUGCCUGCGUUUUUAUGCAAACAAGAUGGUCGCCACCUGGUUGUCGUUCAUACUAAUUGCGGCCACUCAAACAAACAAUUAGAGCACUGCGGUGGAACCUGUUACCAGAUGUCAAUUGGCCUUAACAAGCACCUAUGUGGUCUCUAGUCCGUGCGGUUGUUCAGGAGUUAGUUUGGUUCCUGAACCAAAUGGAAAAUCCCACAAACCAAGUCUUUUCACAUGGCUUUUACAGGGUCCUCGGGCAAGAGGCUGGCAAGAAGGCUCCUCCAGGAGCGCGUGGCGAGGUUACUUUUGCCACAGUCCCUAAUGCCCUUAGUUCUGCAUGUAAGUGAGACACUCUCUAGUGGCUGUCUACCAGAAAGUCACUAGACGCGCUUCCUGCUUGAUAGGCGACUUUUGGUCAUCUAAUUGAUGCUGCACGUUCUCACGCUUAGCAUGAGGACAUCCAGUGUCAAAGAAAUCCCCAUAGGAAAGCAUUAAAUCAAUGCUUUCCUAUAGGGAGGGCGUAAUGCGCUUACGGUGCUUGCCCAUCGGGUGACAUCGGAGGAGAGCCAAGGGACAUCGGUGCUGGAAUCAGUUAAGUGAAUAAGGUUUUUUUUUAACAGUUUAUUGGCCAGGGCAGCGAGCGAGGGGGGGAGGCAGUUCUCUUCCAUUUAGGAGUUAUAUCACUUUGUUUAUGCAGUACUAGCCUGAUCUCCCCUGUGACUUACACAGCCGCUGUACACACUAAAUCUAAUUUUUAAACUUCCUUUACAGCACUGUGUAAUUUAGAAUUAUUCUCCUACUUUUUUAAAGGGACAUUAAGGUCACCCAGACUACUAAAUCUUUUUUUUUUUUUUUUUUAUGUUUACAUUGCAGCCCUAAUGCCUUCCUGAUGUUAGUACAUUCCAUGUAUUCCUCCAGCGUGGACUUUAAUACUGUUAGGACUGCAUCAAAUGUCCUAGAGUCUUGGUAUAAGUUCUUGUUCAUAACAGGACACCCAGGUAUCAAGCAAUAGCUGGGUCUACCCUCUGUCAGCCGGGCAAUUUUUAGUAACCACAGGCUGACUGAAUAGCUUAUGCAGUGCUUAAAGUCUGCACUGCAUAUGUUUAAAUCCAUUCAGAACAACGCAGCUCAGCAAUCCUGUUCAGCCGCAGUUAAACUUUCUGGUAAAUUGUUAAUCCCUGGUUUCCUAUAUUUACUCAUUUAAAGAAAUACACCUGCAAAUUGGUUCAGACGAGCACAAUAGUGUAUUUUUAUUUAUACUAAAUUACAUGGCACUAAAAAAAAUUCUUGCGGCACAAAUCAGCACAUUCGAAUUGAAAAUAAAAGUAGUGCUUUUUUUUUUUCUUUUUUUUUUUUAAACUCUAUUUUCCUUCUUUAAUAGAUGAUUGAAACACUUGUAACAUCAGACGCUCAAGACCUUCUUUACCAGUUGAACUCACUCUUCGAGCAGGAGCUGAAAUGUCAGCCAAAGGCUUGUGGCUUGCGCCUUAUUGAAACAACUCAUGACAAUGGCCUUCGGAUGACUGCUAGACUUCGUGACUUUGAAGUGAAAGAUUUGCUUAGCUUAACUCAGUUCUUUGGUUUCAGUACAGAAACAUUCUCUUUAUCUGUUAAUCUUUUGGAUCGUUUCCUGUCCAGAAUGAAAGUAAGUUAUUUUAAUAUAAAUAUGCAUAUUCUAUUCAUAAAUACAUGUGCCAUCACUUUGUGAAAUGUAAUAUAGUGUUUAUAGUGGCAGAGAAAAAAAGUAAAAAUGCUAAUUGUAAAUAUAACUCACAAUAAUGAAAACUUGACUUGUGCAUUUUCAAGUAUAAUUUUUACAUGCUGCAUCUUUCAAUGGCCUCCCACUUAAUUUCUUUUUCAGAUACAGCCAAAACAUCUAGGCUGUGUAGGACUCACCUGUUUCUACCUCUCUGUAAAAGCAACUGAAGAAGAAAGAAAUGUGCCAUUAGCGACAGACCUAUUAAGAAUAAGUCAGUACAAAUUCACAGUUUUUGAUAUGAUGAGAAUGGAAAAGAUUGUUCUAGAGAAGCUGGGUUGGAAAGUUAAAGCCACAACAGCAUUCCACUUCUUACAACUUUACCACUCCCUUGUUUAUGAGAACUUGACUAACGAAAGGUAACUUUUUGUGUGUGUGUUUUUUGGUUUUAAACUUCAUGUAGAUCAGAAUGAUGGAUUAGGAAAUAAAUAUAAGAGCAACUCCUCUCAUAUUUACUACUGUUAACUAUUUUGUUUAUUUUUUUUAAAAUGUUCUAUACUCAUUCAUAUAUAUUCUGAUCCAUGCAUGAGCAUUACAAAUUGUUUUUGAAACAAAGGCUACCUGUAUAUAAUUUUCAGAACUUUGCAGAAUGACACUAGAAAAACAAAGCAUGAUUUCUCAGCUGAUUGCUCUCUGCCAGUGACAAACGGCUUAGCUGAGGAGAGUUAAAAGUUAUUGCUAAGAAAUGUCCGGCUCUCUGGUGUUGGUAGUGGAGAUGGGAUGCUAUGCCAGGUGGACCACAGGCACAAUUUAAAAAACAGUUUGAUUACAUAUAAUAGGGAUGUGCUAAGGCACUCUUGGUGUGUUCCUUUAAUGCAAAGUCUGGCACUUUUUUAUAAUACAUUUAAUAAUCGUAAAUAUAUUGUAGUUUAGUAAAGCUUUCAAUGCAUUCCUGUCAUCUGUCUUUUCAGCCUAAAAAUAAAUUAUCUGAUGACAGAGCUAAAGUAACUGGUGCAUAUGUCCUAUCAAUACCAUAAGGAUUGAAUUUGACCCGAGACACAUUUAACUAUUCCUUUUUGUUGUAGGAAGAAACUUUUUGUGCUUGACAAACUUGAAACACAUCUUAAAGCCUGUCAUGGUAGAAUUGGGUUCUCCAAAGCAAAGGUGAGUCAAAACAGCAGUGCACUUGAAUGCAAACUGUUUGUCUUUCAUUGGAAAAACUAUGAAAUGAAUAUUCAGUGCAGUUUUAACUGGCACAAAAGUGAAGAGUUCAGUUGAAUAGUUUGUUUCAUAUCCAGGAUUUGUCAAAUUAUUAUUGACAUUUAUAUAGCACCGUUUUAUUUUGCAGCUCUUUACAAUAUUCUAAAGGGGGCAUUUAACAAUAAGUGAGACUGUUACAAAAGUUACAUGAACAAUAGGUUGAUGAGGGCCAUGCUCAAGAGGGCCCGUUGGAGGGAGAGCAAAAUAUUCCCCAUAACCAACCCCAUGGUCUACAUGUGAGAAGGCUAGGUUACUUUUUGUAAUUUCAAGACUGUGUGAUCCUGCUAUACCUACUCAUCUGUAUUUGUAGGUUGUCAUUAAGCUCAAGGGAUUAUCACCAUAUUCAUAGGUUAGUAACAGGUGGCAUGUUCCUAAAUCUUUGCUGGACAGGAGUUUUAUUAGAAAGAUAAUUGAUGUAGCAUCUCUCUGGUCAGGUUCUAUCUAUCUCCCAAUAUGGACAGAAGUAUUGGGACACCUGAUCAUUACACCAGUGAGUCUUAUGGUCACAUCCAAAAAGGAAUCUGAAGUUACCACAGUACUCCAAAUAGGCAGUAAAAUAACAAGACACAGGUACUGCUAUCCCACCUCACUGUGGCUCCUACAGUGAUAAAGCAAACAAAAUUUAGAAAAAAGGGGGGGGGGGGCACAACCACAAGUGGGAGGUUAUGCCCUGAUGGUGGACAACAAGGCCUGGCCUCCUACCUCUGUUUCAGUUCAUCGCAAAAAUGUUCGAUGGAGUUGAGGUCAGGGCUUUGUGCAGGCCAGUCGAGUUCUUCCACACCAAACUUAUCCAACCAUGUCUUUAUGUUCUUUGAUUCUGGCACUGUUAUUCUGGAAUAGGAAAGGGCCUUCUCUCAACUGUCCCCAUAAAGUUGGAAUCAUAGCAUUAUCUAAAAUGUCUUGGUAUGCUGAAGCAUUAAGAUUUCUCUUCACUGGAAGUAAGGGGUCUAGCUCAAACCUUAGACAAAGGGCCCUUAAUACCAUUUGUCCUCUUCCACCAAACUUUACAAUUAGCACAAGGUAGUCAGGCCGGUAACAUUCUCCUUGCAUCCUCCCAAAUGGGGCGUAGGUGAAAUACAAGAGUACAGCACAAUAUAGGGGAAAAAUAUGGGGAAUGACACACAGCAAUUUACAAACAGGCAGCGGUCCCAUCACAGACUGCAUGACUAGGUGCCUAAUUUUAUCCACUUGUGGCAAUGGGUAUGAUUGAAAGAUUGAAACUCCAUAAUUAAGAGUUGUGUAUCAAUGUUUGUCCAUAUAGAGUGUGUAUGUAUAAAAUAUAAUUUUUCUUUUUUUUUUCUUUCUAUUACAGCCGUCUGUAUUGGCUUUGUCUGUGUUGGCUCUGGAAAUACACGAGCAUAAGUUGUUUGAACUGAUUGAUGCAUUGGAAUCUCUCCAAGUUUAUUCUAAGGUGAGAAUAACUUUGCACAUAACUGUCUUUAAUUACUUUACAUUACCUAAUGCAUCUAUGGUACGAUUUUAAGGUUAGAGAGUGGCUCAUGUCACAUUGGGUGUUGAGAGGGGUAAAAGCUAGCAUUGGCAGACAUAGGAUGUUUAUUUACUUUUCAGAGUCAUUAAACCUAGGAUUAAGGUAAAGGGUUUGUUUAGGUUUUGGUAGGGGUUUCAUUGAGAGUGGACAGUGUUUAGGAUGUGUGCAGUUUGAUCAAUUAUUUGCAAUCUACUCCCCUUUAUAUAUCUUUUCUUGUCUAGUCGGACGCCUAUGACUGACUGAGCUGCAGCGGCUGUUAGUGUGUUACCCCUCUCAACACUCAAUGAUGUCUUUGCUCGUUCUGCAAGGCAUUUCUGUGCCUAGCCCCUCUCUCUCUCAUCUCUCAUCUCUCCCUAUCAGCCCAUUUGAGCUACAAAACUGCAUAUUAUAAGUACUGGAAAAAGAAGCCUCUACGGGACAGGCACUUGUAGGCAGGUGCCUACUUUGCCUUAGAUAACAUCCAGUCCAGUGUUCUCCAAUAGCAAAGACCAUGCCUGUGCUCACAUUAAUGUGAUGCAGCAAUCUGACUUACAGUGCUAUAUUCUAUAAUUGACAUCUACAUGGUUUCCAUUAUCAGUGAGGUUGCAACUAUGGAGAACUUUGAAGCUGUCUGUUACUGGACAAUGCAGGCACAAUAUUUUCCCUUUCAAACCAUGGAGAGUGGUUAGAGUGCUCUUCUCCUCUCUAUUGAGGGGACCAUAAUAUGCACCUUUUUGGAACCUUGUCCAAUAUGUCACCUUGAUGACCUUGUCUUGUAUUUAUUCAGUAUUGCAAUACCCUGUUGGUAAUGUUUCUCUAGCACAAAAUGUUAUAUCAUACAUUUUUAUUUUUUUUCCAGAUGAGCAGCAGAGAUUUGUUUUGUUGGAAAGAACUAGUAUCAAAGUGUCUGGCAGAAUAUUCUACAAGCAAAUGUUCCAAACCAAAUGUUCAGAAACUCAAAUGGAUUGUGUCUGGCCGCACAGCAAAGCAGCUGAAGCAUAGUUAUUACAGAAUAGCACAUCUUCCUACUAUUCCAGAGUCUGGCUCAUGAAAAGGUAUUUUAAAUUUUUUUUUUUUGCAUUAUCUGGAUAAUAAAAUAUUAUUUCUUUAUGGAAAUAUCAUAAGACUUCUAAAUGGUUAUUUAUUCAGUCAGCAUUUUAGUUGUCAUAUUUGGUAUGACUUCGGAGGGGUUUAGAAAAGCAUGGUGGGGAGGAUCUAAAACCUAAGAAGCCUGAUUAGGAUGAGUGAGAGGUCAUGUAAAUGUCAAAUCUUCAACUCUUGAAGUCGAAACAAUUGAAGCCUUAUAGGUCACUUGUUUAAUCCGGAAAUUUUACCAAAUCAUAACUUUCAUAAUUUUCUAAUCUGAAAGAUAAGGAGAAAAUUAAUGUGCCAAAAUGAAAAGUGAAUAAAUUGUCAAUUCUACCCAAAUUGUUUUGAUUCACUUAAUCAACACUAUUCCACUACAAUGUUUGUCUGCCCUUAUAAUACUACCGUUUUUUUAAUAUUUAUCUUGAGAACACACAAAACCAGAUUCAGGCUAUGACUGAAUAGUUGUUAUGGACUUUUUUUUUUUUUUAAGCAAAGUCUAUGAGCUGUUAAUCUCUAAAAUCUAUUUUGCUUCUUUGCAGAUCAGAGCAUAGAACCAUCUACACUGUUGCUUUUUUAAAUUAUUUUUAUUUAUGGACUAUACAUCUGAAAUACAGAAAUAUGGAGCCUGGAGAAGAUUUGGCAGUGUUUAAGUAUUUAUGGUAACAAAUAUUCCUGUGCAACAUCAGUAAAAACUAAUGCACUUUAAAUUUCAAGAGUGUUACACAAGAAAUAUUUAGUAUUGUAUUUUGUACUGAAAAACUCUUUAGACAUGGAGUAAUUUGCCAUUUGAAAUAACCUGGGUUUCAAUAGCUUUAAGCCCCCAGAAAUAUUUAUUAAUCUGUAUGGUGGAUAAAGACUGAAAGCUAGGGGUUUGAGAAAUGUAUUAAAAGUACAAGUAACAGUCUAACUUGAGUAUAUUUUAGAUGGUCUGUAUCAGUUCCUGUUCUAAAAUACAGUUGGAAAAGUUUGCUAACACUAACAAGCAGUUUAUCCAUGAUAUGGCUUGCAUGUGUUUGUUUCUUAUUCAGCGAAGCUAGGAAAACUUUAUAAAUUUUAGUUUUCUUGGAACACUAUAGUUUAAGAAUUUGAUGAUAGUGCGAAAUAUAACACAACACAUGUUAACAUUGCAAUGUUGUCUUUAAACUCACCUAAAAUAAUUUGAAGUUCUGCCUUGGUGCUUGUGUAUGUGUGCGUUAACAUGUUCAUCUGGAAACAAUCUGUGAUUUAAAAAAAAAAAAUUUUUCCUUCCCCAGUAUCUGUGAAUUUCUCAGGAGAGUUAAAAAACUUGUAUGGAAGUCUGAUAAAAUAUGCUUCAGGUUUUACGAAAUGUGAUUUGCGCAAUCCAUAAUUUUUUUUUAAUUUUUUUUUAAUUUUAUUUUUUUAAAUGGUUUUUCUGCGUAGACCUCAGAACUGAAGUUGCACAAGGUCACAUUGUUUAGCAGAAGUGCCUCUGCAAUGCAGUAAGAAAUGUACCUUUCAAUAAAAUGUAUUGGAAAGCAAAAAUUUUAAGGU